GCCCUUGCAGCUCUUUUCCAACUUGCAACUCAUGCAACUCAGCGCACUGCUUGUCCCUCCAGUUUGAAAUCAGGAUGUCUAACUCGGACAGGGUUGCUUUGGUGCUCGGCGGAGCGGGCACGGUGGGCUCGGGAAUUGCCAAAGGAUUGUUGGAUAAAGGAUUCAAAGUGGUAGCUGUCUCCAGAGAUGGCAGUAAGCUGGAGAAGCUAAAAGUGCUCAUUUCCCCUUCCAGGAGAGAGAACCUCCUUACGGUUGAGGGGGACAUAGGAUCAGAGGAGGGGGCGGAGCAAGUGAAGCAGGCUCUGCUGACACGGAUGGUGACGGUGACUGAUGUGGUGUCCUCUCUGGGCUUUAGCUGGUGGCAGGGUGGAGCCCCCCACACUCAAAACCUCAAGGAACUGCGUUGGGUAUUGGAUGCUCUGCUCUUCAGCACCUUUGUGUCAUGGAAGGCUUUCUUUCCUCUGGUGAGGGACAAUCCCAAGGGAACUUACACCUUCAUCACUGGGGGUGCUGCAGACAGGCUCCUGAUGCCGGGAACAGGCUUUCUGACAGUGGGAGCUGCCAGUGCCUUGGCGUUCUGCCAGGUUCUGCAGGAGGAGUACCCAGAUACACCAUGCAAAUUCAACCAGGUGAGGAUCAACACAGGUGUCACCUCCACUGAACGCAAGGCACCAGGAUACUUGUGCCACCUGGAAUUGGGUCAGGCAGUGGCUCUGCUGGUUGAGAAGGGGAACCCCUCCCACAGCGUUCAUACUAUCAACUGUCCCGAUGACCUCAAGACCAUCGCCUCAGAAGAGAGAAUUUAGAUCAAGCACAAGAUAGAGGGACAGAAAUGCUUAUCACCAUGUUCCUGAAGAACAGCACCAGAAUAACUUCAACAAAUUGGCUUUAUCCUGCUGUGCCCAUGGCAUGUGCAAGUUCUCAGUCUCCCUAAGGCCUUGUACAUCGGACUGAAGUGAUCAUUGACUUUAAAUGAACUAAUCUAGAAUAAAGAUAUACCAAACACA